AUGCUUUUAUUUGAAAACGCAGAUCAAGUGGUACAGGUGGUACGUAAUGGGGAACGUUAUUUGGCGGGUCCUGAGAAAAGUAACCAAAUUGCCAUCAUUCCCCAUGGCUCACUUCUUGUGGAUCCUUCAACCGGUUUGAUUGCUGCUGUUGGGACUCACGAGGAGGUGAUGGCCUAUAUUAACUCAAAUAAGUGUUCCGUUGCUGAGAAGGUACCAUGUGCUGGUAAAGUACUAUUGCCUGGUUUUGUGGAUGCCCACACCCAUCCUGUUUGGGAUGGUGAUCGUUCACAUGAGUUUGCGAUCAAACUUAACGGGGCGACUUACAUGGAUGUACAGAAAGCCGGUGGUGGAAUUGGAUUCACCACCACUUGUACUCGCAAGGCAAGUGAAUCUGAACUUCUACGUCAACUGCAAUCCCGCCUUCGCCGUAUGUUGGCGUUUGGCACCACCACUGUGGAAGGAAAGAGUGGAUAUGGUUUGGAUCGCGAUUCUGAACUGAAGAUGUUGCGAGUAUUGAAAUCCGCUGGAGAUGCGGGGCCGCAGACUAUUGCCGCUACUUUCUGCGGUGGACACGCCGUUCCUGCGGGAAGUACCGCCCCGGCUGCUGUGCAGGAUGUUGUGAAUGUACAACUCCCAGCCGUACUUGCAGAGCGGGCGGCGGGAUUAAAUGAUGUGCGUAAUAUUGAUGUCUUCUGCGAGACUGGAGUAUUUGAUCGUGAUCAGACACGUGUGAUCCUCACAGCGGGUAAAAACGUUGGAUUGGCAUUAAAUUUCCACGGAGAUGAACUCACACCUGUUGGGGCGGGUGAACUCGCUGGGGAACUCGAAGCCGACGCCGUCUCUCAUCUGGAGCAUAUCAGUGAUGAGGGAAUUGUGGCAAUGCGGAAGAAACCCUCCUUUGCAGUGUUACUCCCAAUGACGGCAUAUGUUUUACGUAUUCAACCACCACCAGCAAGGCGUAUUAUUGAUGGACAUGUGCCUGUGGCUCUUGGUAGUGAUUUCUGCCCAAAUGCACAUUCUCUUUCUAUGCCUCAUACCAUGAAUGUGGCUUGUGUCCUUAUGCAUAUGACUAUGGAAGAAGCACUGGUGGCCUCUACAAUUAACUCCGCUGGGAGUUUGCAACUCAGUGAUGUCUGUGGUAGUUUGGAAGUGGGAAAGUGGGCAGACGUUGUACUUCUUAAUGCCCCACGAUGGGAACAUGUGAUCUAUCAAAUGGUCGAUCCACCCAUUGAGGCGGUGUACAAGAAGGGAAAGCGGGUACAUUACAACAGCAGCUUCGGGGAUAAGGCAUAA